AGUGCUGCCCAGCACAGCGCUCUCGCGCUCUCUCUCUCUCUCUCUCUCUCUCUCUCUCUCAUUCUUCCCUCUCUGCAAAGGUACCAUCAGCGACUGCUGCACUUCCCAUGGAAUAGACUAUUCUAACAGCAAUAAAAGUUAGUUUAUGCCAAGAACCUCCCCCCCCCCAUAACCCCAAAACCAAAUUCCCCUCUGCAAGCCUGAGGAGACUGUUUCAGCUAACAAGAAAGUCUCACAGUGAAGCCAGGAUGCUUUCCGAAGCUGUCUCAUUGCUGCUGCUUGUGGCUGGCAUCCGCUUGGUGUCCGGAGGAGGUGCUGGAGGCGGAGGAUACGCUCAAGUGAAAUACAUGCAGCCCAUGGUGAAAGGGCCCCUGGGACCCCCAUUCCGGGAAGGCAAAGGGCAAUAUCUCGACAUGCCACCGCUCCUGCCGAUGGAUUUCAAAGGGGAGCCAGGCCCCCCAGGAAAGCCAGGACCAAGAGGACCUCCAGGCCCCCAAGGCUAUCCAGGAAAACCAGGCACUGGGAAACCCGGACUUCAUGGCCAGCCAGGCCCUGCUGGGCCCCCUGGAUUUUCUGGUGUUGGCAAACCAGGUAUCCCAGGGCUUCCAGGAAAGGCAGGAAUGAAAGGGAUGCCCGGCCUCAAAGGUGAACCCGGCAUAAGAGGUGAGCAAGGCCAGAGAGGAUUACCUGGCCCGCCAGGAUUGCCUGGGCCAGCAGGCAUCUCAAUCAAUGGGAAACCAGGCAUGCAGGGCACUCCAGGCCUACCAGGAUUUAGGGGUGAGCCUGGGCCAAAAGGGGAGCCAGGGCCUCGGGGGGAGCGAGGCUUAAAGGGUGAAAAUGGUGUUGGGAAGCCAGGGUUUCCGGGUCCCAGAGGAAAUGGAGGGCCACCCGGCCCCGCUGGGCCUCCAGGGCCAAACGGCCUUGGGAAACCAGGGUUUGAUGGCUUACCAGGUGCUCCAGGGGUGAAAGGUGAGAUGGGUCCAUUUGGAGCCCCUGGGAUCAAUGGGGAACCUGGGCCGAUGGGUCCACGGGGUCCACCAGGCAUUGAUGGAAUAGGCAUCCCAGGGGUCGGAGGGGUUCCAGGUAUGCAAGGCCCUGUGGGGCCAAAGGGAGAACCCGGUAUCCGUGGCCUUCCCGGUUUACCUGGGCAUGCAGGCUAUGGGAAACCAGGUUUGCCAGGCUUAAAAGGAGAUCGUGGGCAACCUGGGGUCGCAGGAGCCAUUGGUGACAAAGGGGAACCAGGCAUAGAUGGGGAAGCAGGUGAGCAGGGCCCACAGGGUGUCAUUGGAGCCCCAGGGGUGCCAGGCUCCAUGGGCUUGCCAGGCAAACACGGGCUGCCAGGCCUCAAAGGUGAGGUUGGGCUGCCUGGGCCCCCAGGAAUACCAGGGAUGCGUGGAGACCAAGGACCAAACGGUUUUGCAGGGAAACCAGGGGUGCCUGGAGAGAGAGGUUUGCCUGGGUCACAGGGACCACCUGGCCCCACGGGCCCAAAAGGAGAACCAGGGUUCACAGGGAUUCCUGGAGUGCCAGGAUUAACAGGUAGCCUGGGACCAAAGGGGGAUGCAGGAAUUCCAGGCCAGCCAGGCCUGAGGGGCCCAUCUGGUAUUCCAGGCCUACAAGGCCAUUCUGGUCCCAUGGGGCCACAGGGCUUACCAGGGCUGAAAGGGGAACCUGGCCUCCCAGGCCCUCCAGGUGUGGGGAAGGUAGGGGAGCCUGGCAUUACAGGACCCAUUGGCCCACCCGGAAUACCAGGGACACGUGGAUUAAACGGCCCCCCAGGACCACCAGGGCCGCCUGGUCCCCCCGGGGCACCAGGGGUGUUCGACGAGACAGGCAUUGCUGGGCUGCAUUUGCCAGACGGAGGCGUGGAAGGAGCGGUGUUGGGGAAUGGCAAGCCUGGGAAGCCACAGUAUGGCAGAGGGGAGCUCUCUGCCCGGAUAGCACCCGCUUUCACAGCCAUCCUGACCUCCCCAUUCCCAGCCUCUGGCAUGCCAGUCAGAUUUGAUAGGACUUUGUACAACGGGCACAACGGCUACAAUCCAGCCACUGGGAUAUUCACCUGCCCCAUCUCCGGCAUCUAUUACUUUGCCUACCACGUGCACAUCAAAGGGACUAAUGUCUGGGUGGCGCUUUAUAAGAACAAUGUGCCCGCCACAUACACCUACGACGAGUACAAAAAAGGCUUCCUGGAUCAAGCCGCAGGCAGUGCAGUGCUCGAACUCAAAGAGAAUGACCAAGUCUGGGUCCAAAUGCCCUCGGACCAAGCCAAUGGGCUGUACUCCACAGAAUACAUCCACUCCUCCUUCUCCGGCUUCCUGCUUUGCCCCACAUAACAGCUGUUGGGUGCGUUUCCUUUUUACCCACUUUAGCCAUAAACUGUCUUGUUUUUUUAAUAAUUUUUUUUAAAAAAUAAAAGAAAUACAAAAAAAGAAAAAUCACUGGGAAGAAUGCACAAGUCAUUGGUGCAGGAUCUCGCUUCACACUGUUCACUCAAGGAGUCGAGAGGAUAAGGGGAAAGGAGCCUUUGUUGUUUCUUUGGGAGAGGGGCAAGUGGGGGAGGUGUAUUUGGAAUAAAUUUUACCUCUGUGACUGCACAUCAAACACAGAAACCAGCUCAGGCUGGCUAGGAUCUAGCUAUGCAACUAAAUUGUAAGAGGAGGAAAGCUGAAGAAUCUAGACCCUUCUUGGUUUAUAAUCAAGUGUCCUUGUUCUCGCUGUUGAGUACUAGUUAAAUAAAUAAAGCCAUUUUGCGAAUUUGUUAGCCAAUCCAGGGGUCCUAAGCAAUGUCAAAUCUCUAGAGCAGUGGAAAUUCCUAGUGGACUGACUAUCACCUUCCCAAUCCAUCAUUUCCCCACAUUUCAAUCUCAUUGACACUUGAAGUCAGUCUCUCAGAUUCAAUCAGGGUGGGUGGAUUUAGUCAUCAAAAGGGGAACACUUUCCAGAAGCACCUUUUUAUAAGUAAAUAUUUAAGAAAAAAAAUCUUUAGGAACAAAAAAUGUCAUCAGUAGCAACUGACAAUAGGAUGGGUGCCAAAUAGACUCCAAAGCCAUUCCAGGAAUUUGGGACCCCUGUGAUGAACAAUGUUCCUUGGCCUUGUAUUAAUUCCUGCAUUGGCAAGUCAAAGGGCCAGUUCUAUCACGUAUAUUUCUGUAGCCCACAGACUUGUUUGGACUUAUGAACAUUUUAUUAUCUGAGAAUCCAAGGAUGGCACUGCAAGCCUGGCUUACAUUGCUACUAGCUGAUUUCAUGGAAGGUUUAGCUAUGCUUUCUUUAAGGUGCCAUUUAUGGACAUCUUACUUUUAAUGUCUACCUUUCAGGAUGUAUACACUUUUUUCCCUUCCCCUUUGGGAACCUAUUAAAAAAAAGCAUUCAUUCUAACUUUUCAUGCAUUCAUUUUACAACGGUGCUAUUAUGUACUUAAUGUUAUUUACAAGUAUAGUGCAAUAAGUCUUUUUGAAAGGUGCACUAUUCUGAGUGCAGGUUUCUGUGACUUGGGAAAAAAAAUCAUUUCACAUUUGUCCUGUUACCACCACUUUGCCUCAAUAAUGCCUGAAAUGUCAUUGAUAUUAAUAUGGGUUACAAGGUUUAUUACAGCUUUUGGUAUGCACAGCUAUUGAUCACAUGGCUGCUCUGGCCUUUGCUAACUGGAACAAUUGAACCCUGUUGCUUUGCAGCUUGUGGUAAGGUAAAAUGGCUACAGACCAUUGCAUUUAAAAGUUACUAAAGAGAUUCUUCUCAUCCUGGGUAGAUAGAAUGCUGUUGAAGUUAAGCCACAUAUAAUAUAAUGAAUUCCUUCCUACAAAGAUGUGUUCCUAAGAAAACAGCUGAAAUUCAGUCAAUAGCUCAGUGUUCAUUACUCUCAAAUGUCAAUGAUGCCUGUACUAUGGCCAAAGGAGAGAAAAAGAGUAAGAAUGUGACUUAAUAUUAUUCUCCAGAUUUAUUGUAGAUAACUAUUUAAACAUAGAUUUUUUUUUCUUAAACUACACUGUGUUUGUGUGUCUUGCCAUCCAGGGCUUCCAUUUAUAAAAACACACCCUCCCUGAAUUACAAAAUAGGAAACAACCAGAAGGAAGCUAAAGAAAAAAUACCAUAGCCUAACAUUUCAGAUAGAAUCUUUCUAGAAUUGGGUCUCCCCUCCCCUUUUAGUUUUUAUUCUGAUUUACAAGAGCAGGUUGUGAAGCGAUAGAACUUCUAACAAAGACAAAUACAGCCUGGUAUUUUGAAUUCUGUCAGAUGUUUUUAAUUCCUGAAGGCAGAAGAAUGUCAGAGCCAUUCACAGCCCAGAUUCUGUUGGUAAUCAGUUCUUUGAUUUCCCAUUCGAAAUAGAAACCAUAAAGUAAAGACCUAAUAUUUGAAGAGGAGGAGCUCAAUUCCUCUCUUCAAAUCUACACUUGAAAGGACAGUGCCAUCGUGGGGCUUCCGUCUCCUUGGUUUAAAUGCAUUUUCCUGCAGAGAACCACAAUGAACUCAAGCUGAUAAUAGAGCAGACCCCUUCAUUUCAGAGCAAAGAGGUCUCACUCCUUGUACCACGUAACACUGCCAGAGGCAGAGAUGGUAACUUACAUAUGCUACCUGCAGUAGGAUAAGGAACUUCCACACAGUUGAAAAUUCAUUCAAGGGUGGAAGUUUAAGCCUGUUACUCGACAAAGCAACUUAUUUAUACUGUGUUCAGUCCUGGUUUGGUUUUGUUAUUAAUUCAAUCCUCUGGUUCUGGCUGGCAAAAACAGUGAAAGAAAUGCACAUUAUAACCAAAUGCAAAUAUUAACUCAUUCAGUUUUGUAGAAAAUAUUUUGCAAUUUCACUUUCCCUUCAUGUGCAGAGCAGAAACCAUAAUCAAUCUUCUGCAGCUCUAUAACCUGUUACGUUUACACAGUAAUUGAAUGACAAUGAUAUUACACACACAGGGAGGCUAGGAAACGAUGCACAGGGUGAAGGAGGGAAGGUGUUCAAUAAACCAGAUAUUGUCAGGAAGAUUUCUUUUGAAGUAUUUAGUAUGUAAUAUUUGCCAGCAGGAAGGUUUAUUUUCUGUCAUGGGUGUGAGCAUUUGGGAUUUUGGUAGCAGUCUCACACACAAAAAACGGUUGAGAUGGAUGAAGUUUGUCAGUUUUUAACUAUGAAAACUACAUUACAGUGUGCAUUUUUUAUAUACAAGUUCUUACUUUUUUUUAAAGUUUGCCUCGAAUAUCUUUUCUAACCUAGUAUAUAGAGGAUUUUAGUUUUGUAAAAAUACCUAUUACAUGCACUGUCUGUCAUAGUAAAAUUGGUUUAAAAUGCCUUCUCUUUGAUUGUGAUCGGAAACUGGCCUCUUCAGAACUAAAACUACAGUACUUGAUUGUAUUGAUACAACAUCAAUAAAACUUAUUGUAUAAAAGAU